AUUGUGAAAUUUCUGACUGACAACUUUAGAUGUUAUUAUUUUGAAUUGAGAAUCAGUUCGAAAUGAUCCCCUCAAAAGGCCAUUGUGUACUCCGUGGUACCAAUGAAAAGUUGCAAUGCAAAAAGUGUUUAACUCCAGAAACAGUUAAUCCAAAUUACAGAGGACUUGAAUAUUCUCUGUCCGGACCUGUACUGCAGAAAGCUAUUGAAAUAGAAAAGGAAAUUCUGGAGGGGCACAAAAAAAAAUUCAAAAAUGUGAUACUUCUGAAUAUUGGAGAUGCUCAAUCUCUUGGUCAACCUCCAUUAACCUUUCCUCGUCAGGUUUUGAGUCUGGUAGCUUAUCCAGAUUUGCUAAGAGAUAAAACAUUUCCGGAAGAUGUUAAACUAAGAGCUAGAGAUAUUUUAGAAAAUUGCCCAGGUGGAUCAGCUGGUUCUUAUUCGUACCUUUGUGGAAUGGAUAUUAUACGAAAAAAAAUAGCGACGUAUAUAGAAAAGAGAGAUAAUGUAGCGAGUAAUUGGGAAAAUAUUAUAAUUGGCCAAGGAGUGGCUGACAUGGCAAAGUUGUUCAUGAGUUUAUUGAAAUCAAAUAAAUAUGGAUUAGCGGCAGGAAUUCUAAAUCCAGUACCAGAGUGUCCAUUCUAUUCCUCAAUCAUAGCCGAGUUAGGGUUGAAACGAAUAGACUAUUUUAUAGAUGAAGACAACCAAUGGAAUAUAAAUAUAAAUGAACUUCAGAGAGCUAUCGAUGAAGCUAAAUCUAGAUGUAACCCUAGAGCUAUUAUUGUGAUCAAUCCCGGAAACCCUACCUGUCAUAUAUUAACCAAAAGCAAUAUGGAAGAAAUAGUUAAAUUUGCAUUCAAGGAGAAUCUUAUAAUUAUUGCUGAUGAAGUUUAUCAAAAUGACGUACUGAAAGAUGAUUGUGAUUUCAUUUCUUUCAAAAGGAUAUUGAAUGAUAUGGGAAAGCCUUAUAGUGACAUAGAACUAGUGAGUCUUAUGUCUGUGUCAAAAGGUGUUUUUGCAGAAAGUGGAAUUAAAUCUGGAUAUGCUGAGUUUGUAAAUCUAGACCCAGAAAUUCCUCCAAUGUUCGUCAAUUUGGCUAGUGCUUCCUAUAAUCCAUCUGCUUUAGCACAAUCAACUCUAUACAGUUUGGUGAAUCCACCCAAACCUAACGAACCAAGUUAUGAGCUGUUUAAACAUGAGAAAAAUGUCAUUAUUGGUGGUUUGAAGAUGAGUGCUUCUAUCGCAGAAGAAUCGAUACAUUCUUUGGAGGGAAUGAGCUGUAACCCACUAGAAGGUGGGACUUUUUUCUAUCCACGUCUUAUGUUACCCCAAGUUGCCAUCGAGAGAGCGGAUAGGAUGAAGUUGUCGCCUGAUGAGUUUUACGCUAUGGAAUUAUUGCAAGAAACGGGAAUCUGUGUGGCACCUGGUUCAGCAUUUAAGCAGAAACCUGGUACUUACCAUAUACGUAUGACUCUUCCUUCUGAUCCUGAGAUGGCCCAUGAAAUUAUGGAAAGAUUCAAGGAGUUUCAUUUUCAGUUUAUGAAAAGUUUUUCCUGAUAAUGAUAUAGUUCUUGUUAAUAAUAGUUUGGAAACUCAAUUGAAAAUUAACAUACAUAAUUGUACAUUGUACUGAAGACUGAGGAUUUUAUCUGUCUCAGAUCUCAAGAACUGCCUAAUCCAAGUUAGCUGGUUUGAAGUGCUAAAAAUAUUUUGUCCACCGCGUAGAGUCAUUUCUCUAUAAUCUUGGAUACAGAGAUGAAAUGAGGAAUUCCUUCUUCAGGCAGUAGAUCUUCUUCUUAGACUGUUUAUUCUUAAAUGUAUUUUAUUCAUACAUAUGUAUGUGCAUAGUUAUGAAGAUAAAAAGGAAUCAAAUAGCAAAAUGCUCAAAGGUAAUACCCGGAGUCCUUCAAAUUUUAUCGAUAAUUCUUCUUUCCUACGAAAAGUUGUUUAUUUGCCAAAAAAUAUGAGAAUAAACCGAUUGAUUGAUAGAUAAAAUCACUCGUCCUAACGAUCUUGUGAUUUUAUCUAAAUUCGGUUCGUUUGAAUGUUUUUGCCUCAAAUAAACAAGUUUGAGUGAUGAAAAUAAAAAAUUAUCUGAUAAAAUCAGAAGAACGAGUUGUAUUUAGGAAGAUUAAUUUUUUCAACAACUUAAAGAUUCAAUAUUCUCUUGGGUAAUGCACUGAAUCGGUUUUUGUUAAUUUUUCUAUAAACGUCGAAGCACUUUGAGCUGUCAACCAUGACAAAUUCAAGUCAAAAUUUGACGUUUUAAUGUAAACAAUGUAUUUAAACAGAGUAUUAUCUAUGAGGAAGCAUUGUUAUCAGUAUAAUCCCGGAUGAUUGCUAGAAUAUAAUAUUAAUGCAUUGCUAUUAGUUGAAACCACCAAAAUGUCAGAUUUUGACAUUUAGACCAGUGGUCAUACUCUCCAAAAUACAUAUAUAUUAUAACUGAGAAUGCUUUUUAUAAAUUAAAUGAGUAGGUACCACUACUUAAAUUUCAGUUGAGUUUUCUCCUAUGUCAUAAAUUGUUCGUUUUAUGUUUACCUACGUAUCUAAUAUUUUAUCUCAUUUUUAUCAUUCGUUGUCAUUGUGAAUCCUAUCAGGACCUUAACUAACAUGUGUAUUCUUGUACAAAUAAAUAUUCAUAAAUAAA